AUGUUUGGCAUGAGCUUCCUAAUUGCAGUGUGUAAAGUGUUGCUGAAAGACUGGGUGGGCCCGAACCCUAACCUUAUGCUUGCAGGUAACAUUUUGAAACGAAGAGUGUUGAAUUUGUGUCCCUCAUUUUGUCUCUCCACAGGAAUAGAAUUCCCAUCCCGGUUGAGUGUCAUGCAAAACGGCCAUGAGUCACGUGGUUACCAAAAUGAUAUAGUCGGAAACCCACCAGACCAUCCUUGGAUUUCCAACGACGUCUUGGACGUGGACUGGAUCCUGACGAAUAUUGUCGGAUCGUUUGGUUUCUGGCAGUGGUCCCUCGCUCUUAUCACGAUUUUGAGCGUUCCACCCAGUGCAACGCUUCCAGUUUUCACAAACUCAGAGCCACUACACCGCUGCCAAAUGGAACCUGAGGUUGAAAAUUAUUUUCUCAAACAAAACAUGAGUUUUCAUCAAAUUGCAGAACUUAUCGGCCCUUGGUUUAAUGACAAUCAGAGCAAUCCAAUACACACAGGCUGUCAACGAUACGUCGCUAACUGGACUGACCUUGAGUGGUUGGCGCUACUUCAUAACAACACCUAUUUGCUAAAGAACCGCGGACUUGAACCAUGCCCAUUCGGAUUUGUUCAUCAUCAUAUGGGGCAUCAGUAUCCGGACGGUGUGGUUGCUGAAUUCGGAACGGUAUGCGAAAACCACUGGCUUACACCACUUAGCACGUCACUCUAUAUUCUGGGCAUGUUGUUUGGUUUGAUUUCUGGAGGCUGGAUGAGUGAUACCUGGGGUCGAAAACCUACAGCUUUGAUCUACGCAGUUGUGGAAGUUUCGGCUGGCAUCGCAAUAUCAUUGGCACCCAAUUACACAAUCUAUACAUUGGCGCGGGCUUUUGUCUCAUGUGCAAUCACUGGGAAACUGAUUGCACUGACUGUUCUCCAAAUGGAGAUCACGCUUGCAAAAUAUCGAGCCUACUUUAGCGCCGCAACGUCAAUCGGGCACAACUUCUUCAACCGUAGUUUGGUUGCUCUCUUGGCCUAUUACAUCACGAAGUGGAGGUGGUUGAACACGGCUGUCAUGUGUCCAGCAUUAUUUAGCGUCCUUUAUUUGUGGAUUCCCGAAUCACCACGCUGGCUGUACUCACAAAAUCGUGUUGAAGACACUGUUGGUGUUCUCAGGACAGGCUAUGUGAGAAACCGUUGGACAAAAAUUCCCAUAGAAGUAGAAAUCCAGUUCAAAACCAUGCUAAAUGCAAUGAAUUUGAAGAACCUUGUGACAACCCGUUCAGAAGCUUAUGCGAAUUCGUCUUCCAAACAAGUUAAGAAGCGAUGUUUUGCCUUUUUAAAGCUUUUUCGGGUGACUCAUUUGCUGAAAACUACCGCCCUUUGUGGAACUUUAUUCACUGGCAACGUCAUGUGCUACUUUGGUCUCCUGUUUUACGCCAGAGCCAUCAAUCUGUCUAUUUACUUGAUUGCCUUCAUCAAUGCGCUAACAGCCAUUCCGGGCACAAUCAUCUUUACCGUGCUUUAUCGGCAUUUUCGUUCCAGAAAACGACCUCUGAUGGGCCUGUACGCCAUAGUUGUGGUAGUCUUACAUUCCGGGGCAAUCUUCAGUAUAUUCUCAAGCCAGGCAGUGAACAUUGUGCUGGCCGCGUGUGCCAAUAUUUCGUUAGUCCUGUUGGGUGCCUCAUUUAGUAUGCUCUACAUUUACGUAUCAGAGCUUUAUCCAUCGGAAAUACGAACAAACGGAUUGGGAUUUUCAUCCGGUUUGGGUCGCAUUGGAGGAUUUUGCUGCACUUUUAUCAAUCAUCUACAUCGAAUCGUUUCUGACGGUUUCCCACUAUGUAUUUACGGGCUGGUGCUCAUUGUGAGUUUAUUUGCUUUGUGUAUUUUGCCUGACACAACUGGAGACAAUCUGCUUGAUUUUGUCACUUUCACAGCUACAAAUUCUACCCCUGUCACAGUUUUACCCGACCAACAUGGAGAAACGAAGCAUCGUCCAGCAAAUGCGGACUAA